UCUGUAUCUGUCAUGGCUGAUGAUCAAUAUAUCAACAAAAUAACUUGUGAUUAUUUUUGAACAGAUUUUUCGGUAGAUUUACCACAAACGCUGUGAAAUAACGCAAGUCUUCUUUCGCUUUUCGUUUAUAAGUGUGUUACGACAGGCUGGAUUAGAGGGAAACUGUUGUAAACCUACCUCGUCUGGAGGUUGUUCUUCCAGUCCAAAUGGAUAUGGCCGAGUCGUGUCGCUUGUGUCUACGUCAAAAAUCGGACACAAUUCCUGUAAAGAUGGAAGACGACGAAUUACGGCAGAAAAUCGAUCGUAUUUUCUACUUUCAGGUCAUUCGGAAUCACGGUGCUCCUAGUAUGAUUUGCAAUUCUUGCGAACAGACGGUCAUAAUGUUCUACGAAUAUGCCGAGCAAGUGCUUAAGAAUCAACAGUUCCUUCGCUCAACGUUAGUUCCAUCCACUUCGUCGACGUCACUCAGCAUAACCAGCUCGAAGGAAUCGACUGGACUAGAUACUAAUGUUGAUGACUCUUCGAUCAAGCUUGAGUAUGCUGUUAAGAAAGAACCGGACGAAACGGAGUGGGUUGCAGUGGACACCUACUGCGAAACUACGAUCGGUACAAUGCAAUCUAAUUCUGAAGAGUUAUCGACUGUCCCACACGUAGACGGUAUAGACAUCGAUUAUAAAAUAGAUAGUGACUGGAAGAUGAAUGAUUCUGCCGAAGAAGAGGACGACGAUGAAUCGGACGAUUCACAGUCCGACGCAGAUGACGAUUGGAAUGAUGGCGAAGAAUCGAUGGAAGAAACCAAACCCAAACGGAAGUAUACACCUCGGAAAUAUAAAAAGCCGUUGAAUGCUGCUAAUAAACCGGAGAAGAAAGAGCGAAAGCAACGGGAAAAAGCAGACGGACCCUCGAUAGAUGAGUUAGUGCUAGAGCAUUACAAGCUUUCAUGUGAUUUAUGUGCGGAGCCGUUGGAAGAUUUCACAGAUCUGCGCAAGCACUACAAAUACGUUCAUGAUCAACCGGGUUACCUGAAGUGUUGCAAUAAGAAAAUUUUCAAAAAAUGUUGGAUGGUCGAACACAUUCAGCUGCAUCUGAAUCCGGAUGCAUUUCAUUGCGAUAUUUGUAAUAAGAGCUACAGUUCCAGUAAGGUACUGAAGGAACACACCAAAGAAGUUCAUUCGCCAAACGAGAAUCGCCCGUUCAAGUGUGAAACUUGUCUGAAACCGUUUGUGUCGCAUGCACACCUGAAUGCCCACGUGAUGGUGGCACACGGAUCGGUUCCGUGUCCGCAGUGUCCAAAGGUUCUUGCGUCCCAGGGUUCGCUGAAGAAGCAUCUGGUGGCGAUGCACGGCGACGGUGAACAGUAUGUGUGUGAUGUGUGUGCUCGUGUGUUUCGGUCCAAGCAGUGUUUCGACACGCACGUCAAAGGUCACUUGGGCACUCGGUUGGAAAACAAAGUACAGUGCAGUGUUUGCUCCGUUUGGCUUACCGACAAGUACUGUCUGACGAAGCAUGUGCGCCGGAUGCAUGUCGCACCGGAUCUCCCCUUGUCGUGUGAGCUCUGUGGCAAGCAAGUCCGCAACCAGGAUGCCCUCAAUUGUCACAUGCGCCGGACUCACACGGAGAGCCGGUUCGAAUGUGACAUUUGCCACAAAAAAUUCAAACGACCGCACCAUAUGAGAGAACACGUGGCAAUCCAUCAUACCGGAGAGGAUCUGUAUGGGUGCAAUCAUUGUCCGGAUCGGUUUAACACUAAGAACAAGCAGUACAUGCAUCGAAAGACUGUCCAUCCGGUCGAGUGGGAAGAAGAAAUGCGAAAACGAAUAAUGAAGGUCCCUUGAAAUUGGGAGUUCAUAUUCGAAAAGGGGUUAUAUUUUUGACAAUUUUCGAUGUGACGAAGCGGAUGAAGACUAAUAAAAGUUUGUCAGUGAGUAA